GACAAUGAUUAUUCUGCCCCAAUCUUGAUGCUGAGCUGCAACGCUCAAUGUAGCGUGUGUCGACGUCAUCGAUCUAGACUAAGCCGCAAACAGCGCACUACUUCGGACGCGAAGCUAUCAAUCUCAACCACUUGGCCUGGAAGUCACGGUAUCUGACCCGUAGGCGCUCAAGUUAAGAACUCUCCUCUGUCUGACUACCUCCACUGCUACUGCAUAUCUGGGCGCGUUCCCUAUAUCCAUCAAGAUGACCUCUUACAUCUCGGACUAUGUGAUGUCCGACGCAGUCAUCAACCCGCUUCUAGACAAUGGUUAUCUCCCUCACUUUGUCAUCCGCCGUGGUAUCCGGGCCCAGCUAGCAGAUCGCUUGAACACCAUCGCAACAACCUCUCUGGAAGCCGGCUAUGAGUCUAAGAUGAAGUACGUGGAGCUUCUGCGAACAAGGCCCAUUGCCAUUGAAACAGCAACCGCAAAUGAGCAGCAUUACGAAGUCGGCACGUCAGUGCUGAAAGGUAUGCUGGGAGCGCGGAUGAAGUACUCAGCAUGUCUUUACGAAAAGGGCGGGGAAACGCUUGCCCAGGCUGAAAUCGCGAUGUUGAAAAAAUACGUGGAAAGAGCGGAACUGAAAGACGGACAGCGAAUUCUUGAUCUCGGAUGCGGAUGGGGUUCAGCAUCCCUCUACUUCGCCGAAAUGUUCCCAAACAGCAAAAUCACAGCGUUCUCCAACUCCCGCACGCAGAAACAGCACAUCGACAGCGUCGCCACAUCAAAAGGCUUCAAGAACCUGACCGUCAUCACCGGCGACGUGGUCGACUAUGAAUUCGAGCCUGCUUCUUUCGACCGCGUAGUCUCCAUCGAGCUGUUCGAGCACAUGAAGAACUACGCCUUACUCACUGCGAAAGUCAGCCGCGCGCUGAAGCCCGGUGGUAAGCUAUUUGUGCAUAUUUUUGCGCACAAGACGACGCCGUAUGACUUUGACGGAGGGUGGAUGACGGAGCAUUUCUUCACUGGAGGCACAAUGCCAAGCGCGGAUCUGCUGUUGUUUUUCCAGGAUGAGCUGAGGGUGAAGAGGCAAUGGUGGGUUAAUGGCAUGCAUUAUGGGAAGACGUGUGAGGACUGGUUGACGACGAUGUUGAGCAAUGAGAAGGCCAUUAAGGAGGGCUUGAAGGAGACCUACGGAGAGGAGGGUGUAACGACGUGGUGGAAUAGGUGGCAGGUAUUCUAUCUGGCCUGUGCAGAGUUGUUCAAGUGGGAGGGGGGUGAUACAUGGGGUGUUAGUCACUACCUGUUCGAAAAGCCGGAGUAGACGAAGUAGCGGAGUAUGAAAAGUGGCAGGCAUUACAAAGAAAUCCUUCAUAGCUAUGCACGUAUGAAUCAAACUGCGAGAGAAUCUCCAGUCUAUAGUGAUUGACUCUGCUCAGCCAAUCAAAUGUCACUAAUUGACGGUGGUCAGCAAUUUUGGCGGUGUUGUUAUAGCGACCGCAUAAUAACCCUGGCUUCGUAAUGGAGUAGGGCUUUCUUUGUGAUGUGUUCUACUUUUCAUUCUCCUGCUGGGACAUUGUGCGUCAUCCCGCACAUCUGUAGUCUGCCACUUGCAUAUGUACAAUGCUGCCGAUUCGCGCUUCGAAUUUCCUAUGCCAAUUUCGGUUUCUUCCGCCCCCCCUCGUAGAU